AUGUACUCUUACACUCAUUCGUAUUCUGAGGCAUUAGAAGAAGAGGAAAAAGGGAAUCAAAAUAAUGUUAGUCAAAUUCAUAUUUCCAUCUUACGAUCAGAUGAUAAUCAAGAAAUCUGUCGAAUUCAUUUUUAUGGUCCACCGAAAUCUUUAUCUAUGGAAUGGAUUGCUAAGGCGAUAUGCAAAAUUACCAAUCUAAAACGUGAUACUCUAUUCAGUAUUUACUAUUAUGGUGAUCACGAGUUUGUACAAAUCACCUCAAAGUUAUGCUUAAAACGUAUGGUAAAAUAUUUCAGUAAUUGUGGUCAAAUCUGUCAAAUCUAUGCUAUACCACAUGCAUACUCUGACAGGAGAUCGUUAAAUUCAUUUUUCAGCUUUUGUAAAGCUGAUGAACUGCCGAAUAUCUUGUUGAAACGACCACAACCACAAUUACCGCCACCAGCAACACCACGACCACAACAGGAGACAGUCACAUCACACACGCUUACACCUACAGCGAAUCAGUCAAUCGAUUCAGGAUGGUUAUCUAAACCCUGCAAACUUUGUGAUAAAGUGAAUUGGUUAGGUGAAAGGUAUACAUGUCUAUUCUGCACUAAUAUUGUUCUAUGCAAGGGAUGCUUUCAAAUCGGUUAUCAUCGUCACCAUCAUAAUGCGCAUCCUAUCCUAUGUACACGUGAUACAAAGUUAUUUUCACAUCAAUUAUUACAAUAUUCAAGGUUAGCUGUAGCUUGUGUACCAUGGAAUACUACUACUGUAUUACCGAAAAUCACUACAGAUUCAAGGCUCGCGGAAUCAUUAGAAAAAUCAAUAACUUCGUCAAUUACGUCAACAAAGCAAACACUAAAUGAACGUGUUAUAAUGAACAAGAGAAACGGUAGUAGUGUUAAUAAUCAUGAUGAUAAUGAUAGUAAAACAAAAAAACGGAGCAUGAGAUUAACUUUAUUCAAGUUAACAUCAAGUUAA